AUGGAAAAGAAGAUCUGCUAUCGGCAACGAAGGAGAAAGGAAGUCAUCUACGACGAUUGCGUACUCCAGGACUCCUUGCCCCAAGGUGACUGGCACAUCGAAGAGGACCCAAACGUGGACUACGAGAUGCUGCUCAGAGGAUUACGAGUCUGUGCUGAACGUGCCUCGAAGCCGCGCACGACAAACUUGGAUCGAAUUUCGAAGACCACCAAAGAAUUGUUGGAAAGAAGGGCUUCGAGGGUUGAUCCGAAUGCAUCGGACAUUGAGCGGCAGAAGAAGAUUCUAGAAGCAGCACAAAGAAGAACGAGUCUAAAGAAGUGUCGCAGGGAUCUCCGUGAAUAUAAUAUUCCGCUAGCAGCCUUGCUGAGCGAGUACGGGACCCCGAUCAUCCCCAACCAAUCAACUCGUACUUCCGAAGGGAGAAUCCGUGGUGAACCUCCACCACGGAUUCUCCCUUCGGAAGUACGAGUCGCUAUCAAGAGCAUGAAACGUGGCACAGCCCCCGGACAUGAUUUUAUAUCAGCAGACUGUCUUCGGGCUGGUGGUCAUCCACUUCAUGGAAUCUUAGCAGCGCACAUGACAUCCUACUUUCAGAAAGAAAGGACGCCAGACCAAUGGAAGACCUCGCGAACCGUUCUUAUCCAUAAGAAAGGUGACCGAGAGGACCUUCGGAACUACUGUCCGAUAUGCUUGCUGAGCGUGUUAUACAAAGUAUUCACCAAGAUCAUCCUCACACGCAUAUCUAGAACGCUGGAUGGAGCCCAGCCUCUAGAACAAGCUGGAUUCCGCCAGGGGUUCAGCUGCUUGGACCACAUCCAGACCGUGUCGAGGGUCAUAGAGAAUACCACCUGCCUCUUGUUCUAA